CUCGCCGAUUGCCCGACUUUUUGCUAAAGUGUUUUUCUGACCAGCCGGGGGAGUAUUCUAGAGAGGUCUGCAGACCUCGUCUUUCCCAGGAUGGAGCAGCAAGCGAACAGGGCGCAUCGCCCCACGAAGGAGAAGAAGAAGUUCGACGGUCCCAACCCGAAGGCUUUUGCGUUCUCGAACCCUGGAAAAUCCAACAAAGCUGGCGCCAGAUCUCAUGAUAUUAAAGAGAAGAGACUUCAUGUGCCUUUGGUUGAUCGCCUGCCCGAGGAGGCCCCGCCUCUUGUGGUAGCUAUCGUUGGACCGCCUGGUGUUGGAAAAACGACCCUUAUCAAAUCUUUGAUCCGUCGCUACACGAAACAGACCCUCAGUACCCCCAAGGGACCGUUGACGGUUGUCACCUCGAAACGUCGCCGACUCACUUUCCUGGAAUCCCCCUCCGACUCCCUCGCCAGCAUGGUCGAUGUGGCCAAGAUCGCGGAUAUCGUGCUCCUGAUGAUCGACGGAAACUAUGGCUUUGAGAUGGAAACUAUGGAGUUUUUGAAUGUCCUGGGAUCCCACGGUAUGCCCGGAAAUGUUUUCGGUAUCCUGACCCACUUGGACCUUUUCAAGAAGCAGAGUCACUUGCAGGCCGCCAAGAAGCGCCUAAAGCAUCGUUUCUGGAGCGAGUUGUACAAUGGUGCGAAGCUUUUCUACCUCUCUGGUGUCGUCAACGGCCGCUAUCCGGACCGUGAAGUGCACAACUUGUCUCGCUUUCUGUCCGUCAUGAAGAACCCUAGACCCCUCAUUUGGCGCAACUCCCACCCCUACGCCCUGGCAGAUCGGUUCCUGGAUAUCACGCCGCCUACUCAGAUCGAAGAGAACCCCAAGUGCGAUCGGACGAUAGCCCUCUACGGAUACCUGCGAGGAACCAACUUCCCCGCUACUGGUGCGCGAGUUCAUGUUCCGGGUGUGGGUGAUUUGACCGUCUCUGGCAUUGAGUCUCUCCCGGAUCCAUGCCCGACGCCUUAUAUGGAUCAGCAGCUAGCUAAGACCUCCGGCAAGCCCAAGCGCAGACUGGGAGAGAAGCAGAAGCUGCUUUUCGCGCCCAUGUCCGACGUUGGUGGUGUCUUGGUUGACAAGGACGCGGUUUACAUCGAUGUGAAGACCUCGAACUUCGACCGUGGCGAGGAUGACUCCGACAAUGAGGAUCGUGGACUAGGAGAGCAGCUGGUCGUUGGUCUCCAGGGAGAGCGCAAACUUCUGGGUGAGGCGGAUAGUGGUGUCCGUCUGUUCCGUGGUGGUGAAGCCAUCGCCAAGGCAGAUGACCAAGACGAAGCCGUUGGAAGAAAACACAAGAGAAACGUGCGAUUCCUAGAGGGAGAGGAGGGAAACCAGGAUGCAUCCGACGAUGAUGAAGGUUUCGAGAGUGAAGAGGGUGAGGAAGAGGACGUGGAUCAGGAUGAGGAUGACAUCAGCGACAAUGAGGAAGAAGUCGAUGUCUCCGCACCGCCAGAUUUCGAGGCCAGGUUCAAGGAACGACAAAAUGGCAAUGUUAGCCAGAAAGAGGAUGACGUUGCUUUUGCCGAUAGUGACUCGGAUCUUGGUUCCAUCUCCUCGGUAGAGGACCAGCUCCUGGAAAGCGACGAAGAGGAAGACGAUGACGAUGAAGAGGGAGAUAAUGGUGAGGUCCGUUGGAAGGAUAACAUGCUGGCCACCGCCAAGGCCCUCCAUUCGAAACGCCCUAAAUUCCGUGUCGCCGACUUGUCCCGCAUGCUUUACGAUGACUCCCUCACACCUGCGGACGUCAUACGCCGAUGGAGCGGUAAGGAGGAAGCCGAGGAUGACGAAGAUGAAGAGGCCGAGGAUGACGACGCAUUCUUCAGGAAGACAAACGUGGAAGAGGAAGAAGCAACCGAAUACCGCGCUGUCCCCGAAUUCGACUACGCCAAACUGGAGGAGAAGUGGCAAGACGCCGACAUGAUCGAGUCUCUGCGCACCCGCUUCAUCAGUGCCAAACUGUCUGGUGAUAAUGAUGACGACUCGGAUGUCGAUGACGCCUUUGACGAGGAUGACGAGGGAGAUGGAGAGUUUGAAGAUCUCGAGACAGGCGAAGGCUUUGACGGUUUCUCUGAAGAGGAAGACGGCGGAGACGAAGAAGCCGCAGACGAAGGCCCCGUUGAUCUAGACGCAGAGCGAGAACGCAAUGCGAAAAAGAAAGAGGAGCUGAAACUGCGCUUCGAGGAAGAAGACCGUGAAGGAUUUGCCAAUUCAAAGGACAACUCACGACAGGCCGGCGGUGGAGGAGACGAGGAAUUUGGCGAAGACGACUGGUACGAUUUCCAAAAGGCCAAGAUGCAGAAGCAGAUCGACAUCAACCGUGCCGAGUUUGAUAUGCUCGACCCGGCCUCGAGGGCUCGGGCCGAAGGCUUCAAGGCCGGAACUUAUGCUCGUAUCGUGCUCGAGAACGUGCCUUGCGAAUUUGCCACCAAAUUCAACCCCCGAUUCCCUGUCAUCGUCGGUGGACUGGCCCCGACCGAAGACCGCUUCGGAUACGUGCAGAUCCGCAUCAAAAGACACCGCUGGCACAAGAAGAUUCUGAAGAGCAACGACCCCCUCAUCUUCUCCCUCGGCUGGCGCCGCUUCCAGUCCGUGCCCAUGUACAGCACCUCGGACAGUCGAACCCGUAACCGCAUGCUCAAAUACACCCCCGAGCACAUGCACUGCUUCGCCACCUUCUACGGGCCUCUCGUUGCCCCCAACACCGGUUUCUGCGCCAUGCAAUCCUUCUCCAACAAGGCCCCUGGAUUCCGCAUCGCCGCCACAGGCGUAGUCCUAAACGUGGACGAACACACCGAGAUCGUCAAGAAACUCAAGCUCACCGGUGUACCAUACAAGAUCUUCAAGAACACCGCCUUCAUCAAAGACAUGUUCAACUCGUCUCUGGAAAUCGCCAAGUUCGAAGGCGCCUCGAUCCGAACCGUCUCCGGUAUCCGAGGUCAAAUCAAACGAGCCCUCAGCAAACCCGAAGGCUACUUCCGAGCCACUUUCGAAGACAAGAUCCUCAUGAGCGACAUCGUCUUCCUGCGCGCAUGGUACCCCAUCAAGCCCCACCGCUUCUACAACCCCGUGACCAACCUCCUGGACAUGGAAGAAGAAGGCUCCGGCGACAGCGGCUGGAAGGCCAUGCGUCUGACCGGCGAAGUCCGUCGCGAGAAGGGUAUCGCCACGCCCAUGAACAAGAAUUCGGCCUACCAUGCCAUCGAGCGGCCCGAACGUCACUUCAACCCUCUCCGCGUGCCCCGACAGCUGGCCGCCGAGCUGCCGUUCAAGUCGCAGAUCACGAAGAUGAAGGGUCGGAGGGACAAGACCUAUAUGCAGAAGCGCGCUGUGGUUCUGGGCGGAGAGGAGAAGAAGGCGCGGGAUCUCAUGCAGAAGCUCAAUACCAUGCGCAACGAGAAGCAGGCCAAGCGGGCGGCGAAGCAGGAGGAGCGACGCAAGGUGUACCGGGCGAAGGUUGCGGAAGGUCUGGAGAAGAAGGCCGAGCGGGAGAAGCGUGAGCGCGAUGAAUACUGGCGGCGAGAAGGUAAGAAGCGCAAGAAUACGGAAAGUGAAGGGGGUGGAGGGAAGAAGCGCAGGUGAGGCGACGCUGCGUGCAACGACAUGGUUUUUGGAUCUAUACCGGUUGUUAAAAGUUACUGUGAAUAAUGUCGAUGUGUAUCUAUCUACAUGUUGCAUGGUGGAUGGCGUUGAAUCUUACCUGAGAUGUUGUUGGAUUGCUACUACUUCUUUGAUUGGAUGUAUUGAUGCUCUAUACCAGGAAUAGAUUGUUGG